AUGGACAAUGACACUGAGGACCACGUCGAGAUACUACCUCGAUACAGAGGCAUCGCUGAUCAUCAGUCAUACUUUCUCCAAGGUCGCAUGACUCCUUCUUCGACAUCCAUCGACACUGAGUCACACAUCGAGUGUAGGAUACUUGAUCGGAUACUGGCUACAAAGGUAUCAGCCAAUAAGGCCUCGAGCAGAUUAAGAGCCCUCGGACACUGGACUGGAGCAUACUUGGGCCUUAGACCUUCCUCAACGGCUGCUGACCUAGAUGAUUUCGUCAAGAAGGCUUUUGAGGAGCUGCUACAUCUAUGCACCUACAAUGCCGGCAACAGCGGCAGUACUGGCAACCAGUACAUAAGAGCCACGCUGGACGCCUUCGAGGCAGCUCAUCCUGUCCAACGAGAACGGGUGAGGGCCGCCAGAGAGCUGCUCAACCAGAGGUCCUUCCGAUACGUUGGCAUCUGUGUGGACGGAGAGCCUUACUACCGCUUGCAGCACGACGGCACGAAUGCCAAUGCUCGAGCAGCAGCAGGUACUACCACUCGCCUCCUUAACUUCAUGAGAGAGUUUGCCCCUGCUGAUGAAUGGAGGACCUACGCUAUCUGUGGCAUCCAGGUAGAGGUGCACCGUCCUCAGAGCAUGCCGCUGGACGACAUGCUCGACGACUGUGGAUGGGCAAGAUUGGCAGAGACCAUGAGAGCAGCAACGGCAGCAACGGCAGCAGUAGAGGGGCUGACGCCGAUCCCUCUGAACUUCUCCAGGACUAUGAUUCUGAAGAAGGCCAAUGCCGAGGUCGCGCCGAUAGAGGCCGCUUUGGCUCACUGCUCGUCACUCGGCAGUGCGACUCUCAACUCGGCCACUUACGGGGGCCUUGACACACUCUGCCCUCCCGUCGUCGUCCCUGCUCAGGUGAUAGCAUUGCGUGAUGAAGUUGCCAGGGCAAUCGGUUCCAUAAGGGCUGCAGACCAAGCGUUCGACCUACGAGUCCUGGCUAGAGCACGGGAACUCUACCCAAUCGCCGCCGGCGCUCUAGAGGUUACCAUGUCCCCUCAAGUGCUCGCUGCUUCUGCUCUAUAUGCUGCGAGCGCCAUGGCUUGGGCGACAGAGAGCAGCAAUAAUGACAACGACAACGGCAGCAGCAGCAACGGCGACGGCAGCGACAAUGACAGCAAUAGCAUCAGCAGCGUCAGUAGCGUCAGUAGCGUCAGCAGCGUCAGCAGCGACAGCAACGACAGCAACGACAGCAACGACAGCAACGACAGCAACGACAGCAACGACAGCAACGACGACAACGGCAGCAGCAGCACCAAUAGAGUCAACACGCCCGCCGCGUCCAACGAUGCCACCACCAGCACCGCUAGAGCCAGCAUCACCCCCAGGACCGCCACGCAGACCGAGCUGGCCACUCUUCAAGCCCUCGGAGCAAGCGCAGAACUGUUCCCACUGAACAGGAGGCAGAGGAGCGCCGAACUACUGCUCUUCUGUGCUCUGCUGCGGAACCUGGCUCUCGCCCGUGAAGAGCACUACGGGCCUCAAGUGCUCGUUUUGCACUCUGCACUGGUGCACCAGUGCUUGGUGGUCCGCCGUGGGAUGUCCUCUCGGCUGCCUCGGCCCGUAUUCCCGGUCAACGCCACGUUGAGGUCUCUGGCGACACGCAACCUCCUUCGCCUGGCAGGCACUCUGCACGUCGUCGAGGUGGGAGAGGGCCACAAUGCAGCAAUUGUGCUUUUUCACGCUGGCGUCAUAAAGUACAAUGGCGACCAUGUGCUUCGAGCUGUCCUCCACGUGCUGUGCGGUCUUUCCUGCCUCAAGGUCCUCCUGCUCUGCGAUCAUGCAGAGCGAGCAACGAGCGCGAGAGAGGCGGUCGUUGCUACGCAGGCAGCUUCCGAGGCGAUGGGACUCGAGGCGGUGCUGGCAGAGUGGCGAACCUGUGCCGCCGACCGGUACGGUGCUCUGGUCUCCCUACAAAAUGCACCGGGCAGACGACGAGCGUUGGAGGUGACGGAUCAGGAGCUGUGGAAUCGAGAGGUCAGACUCUAUCGAGCUGGCCAGCGCCGACACGCCACUCCCCGCGCCUACCUCAAUGACAUCACCGCCGAAGAUCGAGAGCCCCAAAUUACCUCGAUCCUUGAGCGGACGGGCGGCACGCUGCGAGGACUAUACCUCCCGGCCCACAUUGACCGGAAUGCAGUCGAUGAGGCUGCAGCGGUCGAAGCAUGGAUCGUGUGGUGGCGAGGGCUCCGGGUAGGGAUCUCUGCUCAGCAAGCCGCUGCUGCUACUCGGGUGGACGAGCCGGCGAGGAGAGCAAGUAUAGCGGAGAAUGUGGUGACGGCGGCCAGGAUCGCUCGCGUGCGAGGAGCAAGUGGCGAAGGAACCUUUUACGGCGCCAUCAGUCCUGCUCAGGCAUGCCUAGACCUGGCUUGGACCUUCCGGUUGUUCGGCUCGUGGAUGCCGCACACCUGGUACCACCGCCGACUCUGUAAUGAGUCUGCCAUUGUGCGGAUCCAGCAAGGCAACUUCAUCCACCUCUGCUUUGAGGGGGAUGCCUGUAGAGACCCAGAGGAUGCUCGAUUCAAGCGUCGCCAGCUGUACUGUCCGUGGCAAGUCAAGUACCUUGACCGUUUCGACUUGCUCACCUACGAAGAUGUCCCCGAACAAGAUCAGGACUUGAUCAUCAGCGAAGACGUAGUCUUCAAUGAACAGGGCGAUCGCAUCUUCUGCUGGAGGCUUGGUCGGAGUGGUCUGCUGGAGGCUCUGCUGGACGAACGCCGCCUGCCCAUGGCAGACGUUAUGGCCCUCGUCGGGAGGGCAAGCGACGCCAGGAGGGAUGUCUUCCGCUGGCCGGUGCUCGUGGACAUGCACGGCAGGCGGAAGACCGGUGCCAUGAUGCUGUCCGAGCAGGUCGUCUCUUCGAUGUGCUCCCGACUUGCCGAUUAG